GCCUGCGUGGUUUUGUUUGAGUUUCUGUGGCUCAUUGAAAUGUGGGGGUUGACCUUAUUUCCAAUUGACGAAUUUAAAAUUGCUCUCUGUUUCUGUUGUGAUGUGCCAUGUUGUAUGUCGAGGCGGUGGUAGGUUGCAAAAUCUUGUGUUGACCAGAGAUAUUAACGCCCUGAUCAGUCUUAUAAAUAAAGGUUAUGAUAUAAAUACUGUCAAUCAGUUUGACGAAACUGCACUUUACGUCGCAUCAUAUUACGGCGAUUUAGAAAUUGUUGACGUUCUUCUCAGCAGAAACGCUGAUCCUAAUUUACCUACUGUAGAAGGAAAUACUCCACUUCAUUCAGCUGCCUUUAGAGGACAUACAGAUGUUAUGAAGCAAUUACUCGCGCACAGAGCAGAUGAAAGCUUAAAAAACAGUUUAGGUAUGACUGCUUCUGACCUUCUUGAGGCCCAUCAAUCUACUGAAAAGUGUGAUUCAUCAAAGUUGAAAGCUGAACAGAGCCCAAAACUGAUAAAGUCAAACCUUCGGUCGGUUGAGAGACUUCGAAAAAGAUACACAAAGAACAACUCAAAGUAUAUAACUUCAUUUUGUUCGUUCAACCUUGAUCACCUACAGUUUCCCCGACAGUUUAAUUCGUUCAUACCUGUUCAUCGCGUUUCUGGUGUAGAGCAGGAUAUAUCCAUAAAUUUUCGCCCUCCGAAAGAAGAGUUUUUUAACAGAUAUUGCAAACAAUGGUUUGGUAUAUCUGUUCUCUUGAAUCAACUUAAUCCAGAUAAGAUACAGUCAUUUGAUAUGAAAAGUAAAACGGUUAUGAGAAAUUUAAUUAUCCGAGAAUUGGAAGUAAUGAGCCGUAUACAUCAUCCAAAUAUCAUCAACCUAUUGUCUAUAAUAUACAAUAUUCCUCAAGAAUCAUGUGAUCGAUCAAUAAAUCCUGAUAAUUUGGCUUUGGUAUAUGAACGUCCCUCCAUGGGUACUAUGUAUGAAUAUAUUCAAGAGAAUAAAAAUACUUUGUCCACAUUAUCAGCUCUGGUUAUUUCAUGUCAAAUAUCUGAAGCUUUAAUAUUUCUACAUUCAUCUGGUAUUGUACAUUGUGGUGUUACACCGCAUGCCAUAUAUUUUUAUGCAGAGGAUCGAGUGAAAUUAGGCAAUUUUGAAUAUAGUCAGUUUAUUGAAAUCUUCGAGAAUCAAGGAAAUGAAAAUAGGUAUCAUUCAAAUAGCUCAUCGAUUCGCAAACCAAAAUCUCAUUAUCACCAUCAUCAGUAUGAUUAUAAUUUUUUCAAAGACAGCAAUCAUCAUCACCAGUUACCUUCAAUAUAUAAUCUACUUCUUGGAAUUUAUUAUUUACCAGCUCAUUGUUUAACUGAUUGGUUACCAUAUGAAUUAUAUAAUUCAUCGAAUCCAUUAUUUCAUUAUGAUCAUUUUUCUGAUAUUUUACAAUCUGUAUCAUUAAAUGAAAUUUAUCAAAUUAUUAGACCUUGUACAACUAGUGAUGUAUAUUCAUUAGCUAAAUUAAUUCAAUUUAUGCUACCUACAAUUCAACAAAUCAAAGAGAAUCCCGACAUUUAUUCAUUUAAUACACCUAAUAAUCUAUUUGCAUUGAUUUAUUCAGCAUUAAAGAUGAAACCAGAUGAACGUAUAUCAAUGAGACAAUUCAAUAGACUAUUGAUACAUUUAUAUUGGGUUGAACGUGAUCGUGAAAAAUCAUUUCAUGUUUCAUUUCACAACAUACCUCCAUGUUCAUUAAGACUUUGUAAUCAUAAAUGGAAACCACGUUAUUUUGAACCAAUUCAUCAAUUUUAUAAUAUAAAUCAUGAUGAAUAUCCUUUUUUAAGUAAAAGUAUUUCUCCUAUUCAUUGUCAGACAAUGGGAGAUGUUACUGACAGCGAAAAAUACAGUGUCAAUUCGAAAACGAAAUUCUUCGGCUGUCUGUCAUCUAAUAAUUCAGAUAGCCCUGAAAUUGUCGCUGACUCCAUUCAGUCGAUAAAUCGAAAUGCUUUUCAAUUAUCUACUUCAGAUAGAAAAAAGCGUAUAUCUCAACCAGUUCUGAAGAUUUGUAAUCAAUUAGGUAAGGGACAAUAUACUAAAAAACAGAAGCGAUCAUGGCAUAAAAUAUUUCCAUAUAGAAAACAAAUAAUUUCAACAAAACAGUCUCUCCACAGAGUACAUAUGGUUGGAGCCUCUUCGAAUAAAAGAUUAUUAAACAUAAAUGAUAAACAAGAGUUGUCAGUUACUUCAUAUUCAAGUGAAUGCCAUUCAGAUAUCGUGCACAAGUGUUCACAAUUAACUGAUAAUUCGAAAGAAAAUGAAAAAGUCCCUCCGAGAUUUCAUUCUUCUUUUACAGAUUGGCUUAAGCGUCGAAAAUGCAAAUUGUCAAUUGAUAAUAGUCUAUCACCAGAUGUGAAUAUAAAAUUUGAGUGUGAGACUGGUUCAACUCCAGUAUCUAGAACUGAAGAAAUACUAAGUAAAACAUCUAAUCUUUCAAAAAAUAAUUCAAAUCAUAAAGUUCCCAAUUUAUUUACACGCUUUCGAUUAACAAAAUCUGAUUAUGUUCAUUUGUCUGCUGUACCUUUAUUACCGGAAGGUGUUGAAGUAAAUCCUAAUUUAGUUUCACGAAAAGAUUUAUUAUCUUGCCAAACACCACUUUCUUAUUCCUCAUUUAAUAGUCCCCGGAUUCCUUUAACCUCUUUAUCAAAUAAUUCAAAUUCAAUUAUUACUUAUCAAGAGAUUUCUGUAAAUAAUUCAUCCGAAAAGAUUCUCAAUAUCUUCAGUCCUCGUUUAAACAAGUCGUCAAAUUCCAAAUCCGAUGUUAUUACACCAAUGAAACCAGCUUCUCACCUCACACAAUUAUUAUCUAGUUCCAUUGACAACCCAAAUGUUUCUGGCAGAAUUGAUUUGAUACGUACAUCUAGUUUACUCGCUCGUAGGCAACAAUACAUAACGCGAAUGAAAAAUCAAAAAGAUUUAAAUUUAUCUUUACCAGUCUGUGAUUUGCCAAGUUCCAAAUAUCAACAAAAUCAAUUCUCUAAGAUAUCAUAUAAUCAAUCUGUUUUGAAAAAUCAACGAGUGAAUAGCUUGCCUAUUGUAAAGAACUAUCCAAUACAUUCUGACAAUCAUAAUAGAUCAAUACAACUGUCAUUUCGAUCUGAUAAACAUACAAAGUCAUUAGAUCAUUCUAACUGUCCAAUGAACUCUUCUAAGGAUGGAGAACCGUUAAGGAGUUCAAAUAGAAAUUGUGUUGAUAAUUUGUCCUUUAGUGAUUAUAUUUUAGUUCAAAAAACUAGUCCUUUACUACAAGAAACAAUCAAUUCAGGAUAUUCCCAAUCAAAAUGCAUUGAUCAUGUAGUAAUGAAACAAACCUCAGUUUCUCAAAGUUGUGAAAAUCAUCAUUUAAUGAAACAUAAACCAAAACGUGAAAAUAUUUUGUCAAUCUCUAACCAAUCCAUCGGUAUACAAUGUUCUAUUGAAGAAUUGCACUGUGAUGCAAGUGUACAAACUGAAAUAAGUAAUCCACAAAAUCUAGAUCUCAGAAUUUCGGAGUCAGAUAGAGUUAUGGAGAAUCAACAAUCAUUGUCUGUUUAUAACACUAUUUUAUCAAAUGCUGAAAUGGAGCAAAUACUGCCAGAUACUUUUUUCAGUUUGCCACGUCCACCUUCUUCUGUCAAUUUAUAUAUUAAAGAUUCAUCUAAAAUUUUAUCUCCUAAUCAUACACUUUCUAAACAAAUAUCUAAUUCAAUGAUAGAAUUGAAUUGUUUUAAUUCAUUUGAAAAAUCAAAACAUUUAAAACUUUAUAAAUCAACCAGUGAUCCAUUUAAUCUUAAUAAUUUGAUUAAUCAUUAUUCAAUGAAUAAAAAGAUUAUACACCAUUGGAAACAAUUACCAAAAUUAUCAUUCAUAUCUUAUUAUUAUUCAUCUAAUACAAAUUCAUUAUAUCAUAUCAAUUCAGAUAAUGAUGAUGAUGAUAAUGAAUAUUAUAAUUUUAUUAAUAUACCAUUAUUAAGUACUAUACCAAGUGAUCAUUUAUCUUGUGAUCAAUCAUUUGAUCAAUAUUAUCAUAAAUCAAUCAGAACUAAAAAAUAUUCUAAUCAUUUAUCAUUAAUCAAUAAAGUUCCGUUACAGAAUUCGAAAAGAAAACCUUUACAUGAAAUUCAAUCAAUAAAUCAUGAUUAG